AGCAAAUGUAUGCAGCAGAUAUUUGACUGUGUCAGCUACUGUCACAGGAAUAAAAUAGUCCACAGAGACUUGAAGCCUGAGAACCUUCUCCUGGCGGACAAGUCGCGUGAGCCUCUGGUGAAGCUGGCAGACUUUGGUCUGGCCAUAGAGAUCGACAAGGAGACAGACGUAGGGUGGUAUGGGUUUGCCGGGACCCCAGGCUACCUCUCUCCUGAGGUUCUCAAGAGAGAGCCGUAUGGCAAGGCAGUGGACCUCUGGGCAUGUGGUGUCAUUCUGUACAUCCUCCUGGUGGGAUAUCCUCCAUUCUGGGACGAGGACCAGAAGAGACUCUAUGCGCAGAUCAAGAGCGCCAAAUACGAAUUCCCAUCCCCGGAAUGGGACACGGUCACUGCAGAGGCCAAAGACCUCAUUCGUCAGCUCCUGAACCCUGACCCUACAACCAGAAUCACAUCCGAAGAGGCUCUCAAAAAUGCCUGGAUCAGCCAAAGGCAAAAAGUGGCGUCGACAUUCCACAGACAAGAGACCAUCACCGGGCUGCGCAAGUUCAACGCCAGAAGAAAGUUAAAGGGAGCCAUACUGACUACAAUGAUAGCCACCAGGUCCAAACUCAAUCUGUUCAGAAAUAGAGUUUCAGAGACAGACAUUCCGACACCCGUGGAGUCCACUGCCCCCACCACCAUCCCUGAGGAGAAUGAAUGUCCAGGCCAGCCAACAGGAGGAGUGGACACCACAGUCUCCCUGAAGUCACCUGUUGAGCAGGUCAUGGCUGCAACCAGUAGCAUUCUAGACGCCAUCAGAUGCAGAGACUUUGGUGCCUACAAAAUCCUGUGUGACGAGAACAUGUUGACAUUCAGUAAUGAUGCCGGGAAGCAGCUGCUUACUGGACUCGAUUUCCACCAGUUUGCACUCAACAAUGUACCGGCGAGUGAGGCCGAGAAUAUCACCAUGGUUAAUCCCCAGAUCACCGUGCUAGGAGACAGUGCAGCCUGUGUCUGCUACGUGAGACUCAACCAAACUAUCACCAAUCGAUCGGCGGUAAAGAGGAGACAGGGGGCGUCGACCCGGGACGAGGGCAGAGGAGCCGCCGACGAGAAUGAGUCCCCACCCAAACGGUCGAGAGUGACAGAAAAGCUGGAAUUGGUGGCGAAAGUGUUGGCCUCUCCUCCAGCACCUCUCUCCACGCCCACCAAGUCACCACUGAAGGAAACCAAUCAGAUUGGUACCACGGGUCAUGUGAUGACCGCACGCAGGUCAGGUGAUCCCCUUUCUAAACCAGGGACACCGACUGCUGCUGGUGGCUGCAACUUCCAGACUCCAGACACCACUGACAAACAACGUGUGAGGAAACGACUGUUGUUCUCCCCUUCCUCGUCCACUGUCUCUAGCAAUGUCACCUCGCUCACUCCCCUGCAGAAGACAAAACGAUCACUUCACAACAGUCUCCCGUCGUCCCUGCUGUGUCGCGACUCUCAACUGAAGGAAUUGAGGGAGUGGGUGAGGGAGAGGAUGGACCGGAGUGAGGCCGGGGCUCUCUAUGUAUCUGGGGCACCGGGAACUGGAAAGACUGCCUGCAUCACUCACGUACUCAGAGACAUGAAGUCGUCUCUCUCGGGGGUGGUGCUCCUGACAGUCAACUGUAUGAGUGUCACGUCACCCCAGGCCCUCUUCACCCACCUGGCCACCCAGCUGCACCUCCACGGGGGAGCAGGAGGAGGAGGAGGAGGGAGGGGGAAGAGGAAGGAACUCGCACGAGACAGACUUUCAAGACACUUCACCUCCUCCAAGAAACCCAUACUGAUUGUCCUGGAUGAGAUGGACCAACUGGACUGCCGUAAUCAGGAGGUUCUGUACUCUCUCUUCGAGUGGUCAUCACUCCCUCACUCACAACUCAUACUCAUUGGUAUAGCGAAUGCCCUGGACCUGACCGACCGGAUCCUGCCUCGUCUGACAAGCCACACCCACUGCAAGCCAUGCCUCCUCCACUUCCCUCCGUACACUAGGGAGGAGAUAGCGACCAUCUUGAAGGCCAGGGUGGGUGGGAGGGAGGAGAGGGAGGGACGAGAGGAGGUGAUUGUCGACCCUGCUGCCAUUGAGUUCUGUGCCAGGAAGGUGUCGUCGGUGCAUGGAGACCUGAGGAAGGCACUGGACAUUUGCAGGAGAGCCAUUGAGAUGGUGGAGUCACAGAGUCACCGUCCCACACACCCCACCUCCCCUCCCCACCCCCACACCCCUCCUCACACUCCCACCUCACGUCAGGCAACUCACGACAAGACCACCACGAGCACCGUCCCUCCUCCCCCUCUCCGAGUGAAGUUGCCACACAUUGCGUCGGUCAUCUCUUCCAUCUACUCCACAACCGGGGCUGCCAGUCUGUCCCGCUCCACCCCCCACUCCCUCCCGCUCCAACAGAAACUGGCCGUCGCCACUCUCCUUCUCUGUGUGCGUGGGAAGUCGGUGAAAGAGGUGACUCUGGGGAGACUGGAGGACGCCUACGGCCGGGUGUGUCGACAGUGGCAGCUCAAGACAGAGGGCGUGGCCGAGUUUGUGGGGCUGUGUCAGGUCCUGGAGUCCAGGGGACUACUCGCAAUCAGGAAGGCCAAAGGAGACUCGAAUGACCAAGGUGACUCUGAAGCUGCAGGAAUCAGAGGUAGAGCAGGUGCUGCAAGACCAGCCCCUCCUCUCAACUGUACUGAACCAGACCAGACCCGGACUCAGUAGACCUUUCUCUCAUUUCUAACCACUCACUCUAUCUCACGUCAUGUAUACAAGUUGAACAACUAUUAUUUUUAAAGAAGAUUAU